UCAACCACAAUCAGCUCUCAUUCGCACUCUACAGUCGAUAUAUUCUGUGUCAACUGGAGCACUGGAACCCGAGGAGGGAUUUUAACACGGCACUUUAACAGCAGUAUGCACAUCAGAUAUAUACCAGAACUCUAACUUUCACUGUACACACCACAUCAUGGGUUCUGAGCAAAGCAAAGAUAAGAUGUAUUGCACCAGAUAUUUAAAUGGAAAUGGGCCGCCAUCGCUGGCUGACCAAGUUGAAAAUGGAACUAGCGGACGCUUUAAUUUAGUCAAUGGAAACCAACCAGAUGAUGGGAAGAUAUCAAUAACGCACCUGAGGAGGAAUGUGGAAGGAUAUCCAGACUGUGACACCAUACAGAUCAGCUUUGAAUUUGACGAUGGAAUACAGACGGACAAGCAUCCUAAUCCAGGGCAGAAAUACUAUGGGCUUAAAACAGUGGCCUUUGUGCCUCUGAACCAUGAGGGAACUAAGGUGUACCACCUGCUAGAGAUAGCAUUCAAACACAAGCUGCUGUUUACAGUGGCAACUACUAGUACCGGAGAAGAACGCGUUACCUUUGCUGACAUUCCUUUAAAAACCAAAGAGAGUGGAGGACAUGACAGCUUUAGCUAUCCAGACCCGAACUAUCUGAAAACAGUGAAGAAGAUCCUGAAAUCUAAAGGGAUCAAAUGAGAAGUUGAAAGAUGAUCAAUAUUCCAGCAUAAUAUAUGGAAUAAAUAGAUUGUACCGGAUUUAUUCACAUCAUGAUCAAGACUGCCAAUUUUACAGUGAAAAGUGACUUUGUUCAUUUGUGUAUAUGUGUAGGCAUACACAGCCAGUCAGUAGACAUCUAGAGUUUCUCAUGAUUUAUUACAGUGUAAUCACUAUUAUUGCCACAGACCAAACGAAAUGAUACAUAAUAAAUUAAAUAUGGAAAUUUUAAUUCAUGUUGAACGUAUUAACUGGUCAUUUUGAGAUCUGAAUAGAACUUUAAACGAGUGCUUUGUUAAAGGCAGGUGUACAUGGAGGGUAAACUCCUUAAGUCUAUAGAUAAGACUCAUAUACAUUGAUAGUGAUAACUGUUAAAAAAAAAAAUCUUUGGUGUAAUACAAGUGACUAAUUAGAGUCAUAGUGAUUUUGGACUUUCAAAUUAGAUUCGAGCUAUAUUGUUUUAAUAAAAUAAAGUAAUUUCAUAAUUCAUUAAACUCUGGUUAAAGCAUCAAAUUUCAGAGUAUUAAAAAGAAGCUCCUUUAAACAAAAAUAUCAAAAUAUAGAGUGAUCUUUUGAUUGGAAAGAGUUAAAAGGACAAGGAAAUCUGUUAUGUUUACUGUAGAUGAUGUUUGCUAUGGCAUGUUGUAUGGAAUGUUGUUGAUAAACUGUCUAUUUGACAGGAAGGAAUAAAAUAGAUUGAUUAUACUGUACAACACACCUAGCAAGUUAUUUAGGCUCCAUUGAUAUAUAUAUAUAUAUAUAUAUAUAUAUAUAUAUAUAUAUAUAUAUAUAUAUAUAUAUAUAUAUAUAUAUAUAUAUUAGAAAUGCUCUUCCUGUAGAUCUCUCUUCCUUAUGUCAUGCUCUCUACUAUUAUUAAACUAGCACAGUUUGUACAACCUUGCCAAAUUAUACAUAUGCAAUAUUUUAUUUGUAUAAUGUAAAUAAACAUGUUUGAACAAAGCAAGGAUACAUAUUCUGCAAAAUCAUUUACUCUUUUCCUUUCAAAUUCAAAUGGAUAGGUGUUAAUUACAAACCAAGGUGACUCUCACACCCCAGACUCAUGGGAACGUGCCAUUUGAUUCAUCAGGCAAGAUGGAAGAUUGAGAGUGUAAAUUAAAACUCCUAAUUAUAAGCAAAAGUGUCAACAUUUAACGUUCUAUAUCUAUUGAUAUUAGUUUGGCAGUAUUGAUUCACCACAAAUCUAUUCUUCUUAAAGCUAGAGGGUAGACUACAGGUAGCCUAUAUUUUAUCUGUUUGUCUGCCAUCCGUCCAGCAGAUUGCAGAGUCUGAACUUUUUCAGGAUGAUGGAGGCCCUUUUGUUCUCUUCAAACUGAAUUAUGGGCUGGGCUUCACACAGACAAUAAAGUCUAAUCAGAUUGGCGGGACCCAUUAAAGAGGCCUCUGUCAUCUCCACAGGCGUUCUUAAACCACUUUCUCCUGCAUGCUCCACCAGGAGUCAUCUGUCCCAACUGUCAGCCGCUACCGCUGCUGUGACAGCUAUCAAAUCUGGCCAGGCUACAUCAUCUCAUCCUAGUCAUCCUCCACCAUCCUACCCCUCUCAGUCCUGCCAUUACUCCUUCUGCUACCGAAGAGCAACACUAGCCAACCUCUGUUUGCCACUAUAGCCCACAUAUGAAGUAAACAGGUCUCCAUCUAGCCAUAGUAUCCAUACCCUGCCUUCUAAUUCAUACUGCUAAUCUUGCUGUGCAUGACACUGGCUUCUCUAACAUCUAAUAGUUGCAUUGUGUGAAAAUGACAGACACACACAUUAUUUUUCUCAAGUCUGUAAACUGUGAGCUGAAAUCUAUUACCUACUACAAUUCCUUUAUGGGAACAAGUAAAACUUAGAUUUCCAACAGAAAUGAUUUGAAUUCCUUGCUGUCAUACUGUUACUAUAGGAAGGCUUGGCAGUCUUCAGCUACCUACUUAGCAGUGAUAAAUAGGCUUGAUUUCAUUAGGCUCUUUAAUUUGGAGCACAAUUAGACUUUUAGAAGACAAAGCAGAAUCCGAGCUUGUUAAUUAGAAGUGUGGAAUCACAGAUGCUGAUGAUGGAUGUAGCUUCUGGGGCUCCACUUACAGGACAAUGUUGAACCAGAGAAAUCUUUCAUUUAGGCUUUUGCACCAAUAUCCUCACCAUGAUUAAUUAAAUUUGUAAAGCUGUUUUGUGACAAUGUCCAUUGUUAAAAGUGCUAUACAAAUAAAAUUGAAUUGAAAGUCAAUUAAAUAAAAUUAAACUUAAUUUUCAUUAUACCAGUACAGUAUUUUUUAAAAAAAGAGCUAUUUCACUGUUGUCUGUGUGACAUACAUCAUAAACACAGCAAAAUGUGCAGGACCAAAAAUCUUUUGGUGUAGACCAAAAAGAUGUCCACAACUCCACAACUAUAAAAGAUUUUUUUUUUUUAAAUUGCUGUCUGUAGAUGAGUUUCUUACAGAUAAGAUAAAAUAUUACCUGUUGGACCAGUUAUCAGUUGAACUGUAGAUCAGUGUGAGACAAACUAAAAAUGAAAUUAAAACUUGACAAUGUUUUGUUAAUGUACAGCUUCCUCAAGUUAAGUUUCUGGAAAAAGUGUGUCAAAGCCCAAGUAUUUAUGAAAUGUUCUCAUUAAAUCAAGGUGUCGUAACUGCUUCUCUCCUGGACUGAAGUUAAGCACUACUUUUUUGUGUGUGUGUCUGUUUGUAAUGCGACUCUGUAAACCAUCAAAUGCAAACAGGUUUGUUGUGACUGAGGUAGCACAUUCCAUUUGUGUCAUGGAGCGUCCUUUUUACAGGCCCUAUAAACUUUCCUGACAGGGAAAAAGAGUGACAACAGACAUUGUGUUAACAUGAACCGUAUCCAUAAAAAGAACAGCAGUUUCCACAAAGGUGAGGGGAGUCAAUCUUACAAAGGAAAUGGUUUAUGAAGUGAUAAAUCUUCUGCAGGAGAUGGAUUGUACAUUUUAGCCACUUCUCCUUUGUACUGAUGGGAAUACGCUUUAUUUUAAGGUUAUCAAACAGCCAAAAUGAGAAAAAGGAAAUAUAUGGAGAACAUUUAUAAUGCUGACUCUUAUUCGCAAGAGGAGUUGGUAUUUAUUUGAAUGUGUUAAGGCAUUGUUGUUCGGAGCAAACAGGUUAGGAGUUACGGUGCAAUGCAGGAGAUAUUACAUGAUAAACAGAUUUUUGAUCCCAGGGCCUGUUAAUGGAUUAGACACCUUUCCUAUUAGUCUCAUGGUAGUUAUUGAAUAAUUCAUAAUAGUUAAAGAAUAACAUGCUUUAAGAUGAAUAACUGAAUAAUAAGCUCAAAUUAAAUCCACAGGUAUUAAUAUGAAUCUUAAAAUGGUGUGAGAGAGAGAGAGAGAGAGACUAUCCAUCUUUGUGAUGUAUGACUCUUCUCUCUGUCAGUUCCCUCGGAGAGAUCUGAUGUUGUGCUUUCAUAAGGCCACCAACCAACACAAAAGCUCCAACUUUAUACCAUUCAUCUGUGAAGCAGGUCCCAUUUGCAACUCUUUGGUCAUCUCGUACUCUUUUCAUCAGACACAGAGACCUGUCAGACACCCAGGGCAUUUGGGCCCACAUGGCACUUUCUUCACUGAGUCAAAUCAAAAUAGCCAGAGAUCAGACUCUCUGAUAACCCACACACUCUUUGUGGCCUAAGGUUAUUCCCCUUCCGCAUUCAUCUGCCAUGCAUCCACAUUCACAAAGUACUGAUAUCUCCAUUACGACUGAAUGACACCAGGACUUCUAAAAGAGCACAGAUAUGGUCUUGUGAUACUGUUGUGUCCUCUCUAUGUGUGGCCUUUAACUGGAACAGAGCCUCAGUAGAGAGCCCAGAUUCAGAGAAAGUUUGAUUUUUCUUCCCUUUUGCCUACACAAAGAGCUAUGCAGUAUAGAACAGAAUAUCUGAAAGAGAGAUAAAUAAGUUCUAACAACUGAGAAAUGGUAAGUGUCCUAUGCUUUGUUAUCUUUAUAUUUCUUUGGGACAAGAGCACGCAUACAGAGAUAAAGCAUAUAAAAUGGUUUGGGAAUAGCUAAUGUGUUUUAAAGAGUAAAGUUUGCUACCACUAAUCUUUUGUUCCAGUUUGGUGCGUUAAUGACGUUACAGUAUUAAAGGUGAGUAGGAAAGGGUGAUUAUGUAGCAGACCACCCAUCUAUAUUCUUUAAGACAUUUCAUAUUGGAGCCAAUAAAGCUGGGAGGAAGUGCUCUAUCUUUCACAGCAGACCAAUGGGACUAGUAAACUAUGCUGCACCUGUUUAUCAACUCUUAUGAAGAAAGGUAAAGAUGACAGGCAACAGAUGCAACCAUCGACACCAAGAGUAAUAAUUUAUAAACAAAUGGGAAAUCAAGUUAUGUCAAAGCUGUUAUUUGUUUGUUGCUGGGACCUAUUGUGAUUAAAAUAAAUAAAUAAAUACUGUGAUAAAAUGUACAAAUAUGUACUGAUAUGAUUUAAGCUCAGUGACUUUCUUGUAAUAAAACAUAGAACUUUUUAUUGUGUGCCCUGUUACACAAUGGGCUACUAACUUUGAAUUAGUCUGGAUUAGGGCCCACGGUCAUAAUACUGAAUUUAAGCUUGUUGUAGUGGUCCAACACAUGUUUGUAGACUCCUUGAUACCUUCUCCUGUGUUGAAAGUUCCUCUGGGUGGUUGACUGGCCUGGCUUAACUGCCUAAACUCACAGCACUUUGUGAUUAAUGACCUUUAAGGUGACAAAUCACCACAGUAACAAAGCAUCGGAAUAGAGGAGCAAUGGGGCCGGGCUCCCCAAAAUCGAUGCUCCAUUGUUCUCUCCUUCCCUCCUUCCCUCUCUCUCUCUCUCUCUCUCUCUCUCUCUCUCUCUCUCUCUCUCUCUCUCUCUCUCAUUUUGUCUGCCAUAUAGAGUGGUUUAACAGGGACACCAUCACCCAGAUCUGUAACUGGGAUACAAGUUGCACGGAGUGGAUUUUUAGAAAAUUCACUACUAACCACAGAUGGUGAGUUUUAUCAUGGAGUUACUGUUAGAUACAUUUUUGAAUGUAGAAAUGUCCAGAGUGCAACGUUACAAAGUCACUUUUAUUUUGGAAUUUUAUAUAUAUAAAAAAAUAAAUAAAUAAAAAACCUAAAUUUUCAGAAGUAAUUUUAGCCGUAACCAACAUUAUAUGUGCCAUGUGAACCUGUACAUCUCUUAUCUGUAGCCUACACAAAGAAAAAUCUAUUGAGCAGUAAUGAAAUCACAGUUUGUUUCGCAGAAGUGGUAGAAGCACAAAUAUUUCUUACUCAAGUAAAAAGUGCAUCUGUUCAUCUGUAAAAGUUAGUACAUGUUAGUACUAAUGUUUCUAACGUUUACUCAUGUAAAUGUUUAUUUAUUGUAAAGGUACAAGCAGGAGCAUAUUUUAUAGUUUACAUUUGUCUGUUAUACUCUCUGAUACUAACAAUCACUGCAUGGUUUAUGAAAAAUAUGUAGAUUACAGAGAAAUGUAGUCUCAUAGUGUUAGAAUAAAAUAAAAUUUGAUAUUUUUCUUUUGAAGUGUAAUUAAAAUAAAAGUGAAAAAAAGAAAGCACAGAUACUUGAAAACUGUACAAUAGUACAAUGCAACACUGUAGUAAUUGUACUUUGUUUCCUCUCACAUCUCAUGUUCUGCAAAUAGAAGAUCUUUUUGUUAUGUGAAGAUAAAAAUGUAAUACAACAUUGUGAACUUUUUAUGAUGUUAUAAUUGAUACAGAUAUUACUCAUUCUGUUUGCUCUUUUGAUGCCAUGAGGAGGGUUCUGAUAU